GAUCGCUUGGGAGCAUUGAGCAUAAGUGCAUUUGUAUGGUCCAGGCAUAGCAGGCUCAUAGAGGCACUAGGUCCAAAAGACUUCGUGAAUUCCCGGCAGCUCACUAUCCCGUAUCCGUGUUACCUUGAGACCUGCCUGAAGCCAACUAUAAGAACCUGUGAGGUACCUUUCCUUCAUCUUCCUUGGACGGCGCUUGGGACCUGUGAGAAGGCCCGGACGCGACAUCCCCCACCCGCGUUUGGUGCAGCAGCGGCCCUGAGUCUGCAAAAUGGCCGACGACGGCGACCUCAUCGCCAACUUCCUGGCGAUCACUGGCGCGGAUGAGGGCGUGGCGAUUCAGUGCCUUGAGGCCGCCAACUUCAGCUUGGAGGAGGCGGUGAACCUCUUCUUCGCCGCGGACGGCAACUUCGGCGGGGGCGGAGGCGCUGGCGCUGGCGCUGGGGCCAGUAGGGGGGGUGUCGGGGGCGCCGGCGCCGGAGGCGCCGGGGGCGCCGGCGGCAUGUACGAGGACGAGGUCCGUGCACCGCUGCCUACCAAGGUGGAGCGGCUAUACGGCGACGACAACCGCUACGACCCACGCGCCAUGGCCGCAGCGCUACAGGCGCGCCAGCAGGGCCUGGCCGGCCGCCCCGCACACGCGCCCAUCGACGUCUUCCGCGAUUUCCGGGCCGAGUCCGCCGCUGCCGCCGCGGCAGCGGCGGCGGGCGGGUCAGCCGUCCCUGGCGCCGCAGGCGCCGCCCCUUCAGCUGCUCCGGCCGGUCUGUCUGGUCUGUUCAAGCUGCCUGAGGACCUGGUGUAUGCGGGCUCGGCGGAGAUGGCGCGGGCGCAGGCGGCGGCGGACGGGCGCUGGCUGCUGGUGAACGUGCAGAGCAACACGGAGUUCGCCAGCCACCGGCUCAACCGCGACACCUGGAGCCACGAGGCGCUCAAGGAGAUCCUGAAGGGCACCUUUGUGUUCUUCCAGACUCUGGAGAGCACCACGGACGGGCGGGCGCUGGUCAAGGCCUACCGGCUGGACGCGCUGGCGCCGCCGGGCGGCCCGGUGUGCCCCGCCACCUUCGUGGUGGAUCCGGUGACGGGCGCGCAGCUGUGGCACCGGCUCGGCUUCAUAGACGCGGAGAAGCUGAUGGAGGAGCUGGUGCCGUUCAUGGACCACGGCCCGCUGGACGCAGGCGCAGCCGGCAUCGCCCAGAUCAACAUGAAGCGCAAGGUGGCCAGCAGCACGGCGGUGGCGGCAGCAGCAGCAGCAGCAGCCGGCGGGGCGGCGGCGGGUGGCGGGGGCGGCGGCAGCCGCAAGGCGCUGACUGAGGAUGAGGAGCUCGCAAUGGCCAUUGCCAUGUCUAUGGAGCGAGGCGGCGACGGCGCGGGUCCCUCCGGCACCGACAUGGGCGGUGACAGCGCCGCUGCCGGCCCCAGCGACGGCAGCGAUGACGACGACCUGGACGAGGCGGCCAUCUGGGCGCAGAUCCAAGCCAAGGAGCGGGCGGAGGCGGAGGCGGAGGCCGCGGCGGAGGCGGCGAUCAGCCGGAAGUCGCCAGAAGAGGUGGCUGCGGAGGCGCUGGCGCGGGUGCCUGAGGAGCCGGCGGAGGGCGACCCCGCGGCGCUGCGAGUGGCGCUGCGGCUUCCGGACGGCGGGCGCCUGAUGCGGCGCUUCCGCAAGUCGGAGCACGUGCGCUGCCUGUACGACCUGGCGCUGGCCAAGGUGCCGGAGGCGGCGGCGGGGAGGAGUGUGACGAUCUCUCAUGCCACGCCGGGCGGCGCAGCGCUCACGGACCAGGACCAGACGCUGGAGGCCGCGGGCGUGGCGGGGGCCAUGUUGGCCGUGAAGCUGGGGGAUUGAGGGGCCGGGGGCUGGGCGGUGGAGGGGCGCUGAAGGGGUGCUAGAGGGUGGGGGUUUACCGGUACUGAGGGUGGUGGGUCUCGACAGUCGGCACGAAGGCUUGGUUCACUGGGGUGUUGUACAACAAUGCCGCGGGCAGUGGUUGGCCUGGGGAUGACUUGCGCGCUAGCCGUGUUGCAUGCUCGUAAGACUGGGACGGCUUCUUAGUUGCUUGGCAAGAGCCCGCGUUGCUCACACAUGCCCUGGGCAGGCUGGUCAGGGUACUGGCUACUGGCUAGGACCAGGCGUGGGGGGCAGGCCGGGCCGCCGAGUGAGGGGAGCCCCCGAGGAAUGGGCCGCAGAGCUGCAAGGCUCAAUACUAAGCCCGGCACUGAACCAACGACCCCUGGAACCAACAGGCGGGGUGUUUCCCUUCUGACUUGCCCCAAACCGCACCAGUCUUGAAGGUUGAAUCAACCUGCUACCAGGUAACAAUAUAUACACC